GGCCCGCACGCUGGUGGAAAUGGCAAUUUCUCCCAGAAGUGGCAAGGCAAGCAAGCACCUGGAUUUAGUAAACGUUUUCCAGAAGAAAAUAACAAGCCAAAGAACAAAAAGAAAAAAGAGCCAGUUUUUUCUCAUUAUUGUGAUACCUGUGACCGUGGCUAUAAAAACCAGGAGAAGUAUGACGAACAUAUUUCACAACAUAAACAGUGUACAGAAGAAGGCUGCAGUUUCAGCGCACAUGAGAAGAUAGUUCAGAUACACUGGAAGAACGCACAUGCACCUGGUGCUAAAAGAAUAAAAUUAGAUAGUCCAGAAGAGAUUGCCAGAUGGAGAGAAGAAAGAAAAAAAAAUUUUCCUACAUUGUCCAAUAUUGAAAGGAAGAAGGCGAUGCAGAUGGAGAAGGAAGAAAGAGGAGAAGUGCUGACUACCCAACAGUUUGGCAAAAUGAAGGGGAUGUGGAAACCUCCAGAAAAUGAAGAAAGGCUUGGGCAGCAAGGAAGACAGAGGAGAAGACAAAGGCGCCCAUUCUGGAAGAAAUUUAGGAAAAAUGGUGGCGAUUAUAAUGCACAUAGAACUCAAAAUGAGGUGAAUGGACCAGAAAAUGGGGUGUGCGAAAAGGAACAUGAAAACCAGCGUACUUUGUCAGCGCAGGUGUAUGAGAAGGACAUGGACCCUCUCAGUCUUCUGGCAAAUGGUGAUGCUGAAUCUGACAAGGACGAAGCAGCAGCUGAAGAUGAGAGUGUGGGAUUGACUGUUGUUCCCAAGCAGGUCACCUCUGCCCUGAGUUCGUUGUCAGCCAACUACGGCAGCACAUCCGACACCGAGCCUGAAGAAAUCCCUGUCAAGACUGCAGCAAAAGCUGAGAAAAACCAGGCUGCUCCCAGAAAUACGCCUCAAACUACUUCUGUUCCUCGGAAUCAAAACCCGAAUCAAAAACAUCCAGAAGAUGCAGGCACAACGUUAAGAAGCUCGAAUUCAAAUGCACAUCCCCGCAGACGGCCUGAAAACUGGGGCAAGAGAACAUUACCUCUCCUUCCAAAGCGCCGUCCGACUCUGCUGGAAAUGUUGCUGGCCCAGGACAUCCGACACGAAAGGAAUGUGAUUUUGCAGUGUGUUCGAUACCUCAUCCGAAAUAACGUGUUUGGACUUAAUUUUAAAACAGAACCAGAAGCUGAAACAGAGACUGAACAAUCCUCUACAACUACAGCAGAGUCUCUGACGGACAAGCUGGAUGAAUCUAAUUGUUCUUGUAGCUCUGACCUUCAGUUAGCAGGAGGAGAAGGUGCAUUAUUAAUAGCCCAGGGUGAGAAAGCAUCCGAGGAUCAAACUUCACAGAUGGUUCACUUGGCAGAUGAGGACACGUGGGAAACCCCGUCAGUUCAGUGUGAAGCAGCACUGUAG